AUGAGGAAAUAUGUAGUUGGGAGUUAUCGAUGUUUUUUGCCGGCAAAAGGCAGCAUUUUUUUUAAGACAAUGACGAUCGGGAACAAUGUCAUUAUAAAAAAUGCAAAUUUUUCAGUAGAACGGUCCGACAUCAGCAUGUGUAGGAAGCUAGUAAAUAAAGAAAGAGAUGAUGUAUUUGAGUUGCUGGCAAAUUCGAUAGCACCCUCCCUCCAUGGCAUCAUACACAUUAAACAAGCAAUAGUAUGUUUAUUGUUGGGUGAAGUUGAAACUACACUACCCAAUAACUCCCGUAUACGUGGAGAUAUUAAUAUAUUAUUAAUUGGGGAUCCGGGUGUUGCCAAAUCACAACUAUUAAGAUGUGUAUUGCAUGUUGCUCCCUUUGUAGUAUGCACUACAGGGAGAGGAUCGACAGGAGUUGGUUUGACUGCAGCUGUUACUACAAACAGAUCAACUGGUGGUCGUCAGUUAGAAGCUGGGGCUGUGGUACUUGCUGACAGAGGUGUGGUGUGUAUUGAUGAAUUUGAUAAAAUGUCAGAUAUUGACAGAGUAACUAUACAUGAGGCUAUGGAGCAAGGGAAAGUGUCUAUUUCAAAAUCUGGUAUACAUGCAAAGCUCAAUGCCCAGAUGCUCUGUUUUAGCCGCUGCUAA